AUGAGCCAACUCGUCUUAUCUCUCUUCCUCCUCAUUUCUUCAAAAUGGCCGCCUCUCCUCUUUCUCAUAAAUCCUACCGGUUAUGGAAACCGAGCUCCACAAACUAAUGAGGGGAAAGUGGCGGUAAUCCUCUACGGAUUCCUGGGUUGUUCUGGAGGAAUAUUGUUCUUCAACCUGUUCCUGGAGAGGAUCAUCAGCCUCCUGGCCUACAUCCUGGGCUACCUCCACCUGAGGAAGCUGGAAAAGGAAGGCAGAGAUCUUCGGGAUGAAGACCCUCUGGAAGAUUGGAAACCGAACGUGUAUUUGGUCUUCCUGUGCCUUGUCGUGGCGUCUCUCAUAAUCGGCAUCUCGGCUUCAGUCACUUUCUCAUUCCUGGAAGGCUGGAGCUUCCUGGAGUCUAUAUAUUUCUGUUUCGUGUCGUUUUCUACCAUCGGCUUUGGAGAUUACGUCACAACUCAACAGGUGGCCUAUCCCAAUCUGUCGCUCUACAGGUUUGUCAACUUCGUCUUCAUCGCAAUGGGGUGUUGUUGCAUUUAUUCUCUCUUUAAUGUGACAUCCAUCGUCAUCAAGGAGGGCCUCAACUGGAUUCUGAUAAGACUCGACUGCCACGGCUGUGGGAGAGCGUCAGACAAAGCUACCAGGAUGCUCCGAAGGCAUUCGUUGAAAAUCCAGCAGAGGGCGAGGAGAAGAUCGAGUUUUUCACUGCCCAAGAAUUUCAGGAAGCGUUCGGAUUCUGGAGUAAGCAAUACGGAUUCCAACGGUAGGCGCUUGUCUGGAGAAAUAUCCAUGAAGGAACUGCUCUAUGGCAACAAGGUGUCCCUCGCUGUGAUGCAGAAGCAGCUAUACGAAGCGGCCAUGAUGCAGAAAGGAUACUAUACUCAGGAGGAGGAGAAAGACAGGUUCUCUCCAGGAAUGGUAGGACCCCUGGCCAUCAUCUCGAACAAGCUGGAGAAGUAAGAAAGGUGUCUCCAAACCUUUGUUAAUCGUCUAUGGCCGUCAUUCGGUCGGUCUUCAACGGUUGUCCACGAGUCGCUCAUUGGCGCCAAUCUGGAAGUUCGAUCCUCUGUCGUUGAGAUUAAGUAGAUGUAGAUGUAAAAGCUGUCUUAACUUUUUAUGUAACAAUAUUUCAUUCAUGUUCAGGAAUGUUUCAUUCUUUGAUGUAACAAUAUGUCAUUCAUGUUCAAGAAUGUUCCAUUCUUUGAUGUAACAAUAUUUCAUUCAUGUUCAAGAAUGUUUCAUUCUUUAAUGUAAAAAUAUUUCAUUCAAUGGCCUUUGAUGAAAGGUUGAGGAACUAGUUUCUUUUCGCUACUCAAAGAUGGUGCUAGGUUUCAACAUCACCCAGAGCCCACUACUCCUAGGUUCCCGAAAAUACCCGAAUGUGUCCAAAACAAGUCGGAUCCUACUAAUCCCCAACUCUUGUUUGAAAAUUUCAUGUCAGGGAAAUAUUUACUCAGUUAUAAUAGUAGAUAAUAAUUGUUAAAAUAUUCAAAUAAACAUAUUUUUUUAGAAUUCUGAUCUGAUAGUUAUUCUCUUCUACCUGCCACCAUCUUGGAGAAUCCAAAGUGAACUAGUACUGAGCCAUUUAUUUUAUUUAUUUAUUUUUUAAUAAUAAUAAAUAAAGUUUUAAAAAUAUAUAAAUUAGUUAAAUUAAGGGAACAGAGAUACAGAGUAUUAUUUAAAGGUAUUUUUUACAUUUCAUGAACUAUGGGAAACACAAAUGUCUAAAUCGGUUGUUUCUUUAAGUGUUUUUGUUUCUUGUUUGUGUUUUAUCCGUGGACAUUGAGCCAUUUUCAAGUCUUAAAUGUUUCAAAUCCCUUAAUUUCUUAAGUAAAAUAAUUAAGAUUUGAAUACAUAAUUUGAGAGCCGAUACAGAAAACUAUUAAUAUAAGAACAAGGAAAAUAUGAUAACAAAAAAUUUAUAUGAUGA